AGUUCUUUAGCUUUUUUUGCUUCAUUGGAUGAGGAUUUUGCUUAGCGAUUGUGGACAUUUCUCAUCUUGGAUCUUCUUUUCUUGGUUUACUUAACUUGUUUUGUUUUUGGGUGUUGAUCUUAGCUGGAUCUAAUAUCUUUUAGAAUAUGAUUAUUAGUUUGCUGCUUUGUUGACUUGUGUGGUUUGUCUCCUUCUGCACUUUUCUUGGAUUCUCUGCUUGCCUAUUGUUCAGCAUGGUAUUUAUUCCUGCUUUAAUUAUGAUUUGUUUUUUAUUUUUUCCCUCCUUGAAUUGAUUGUAUGUUUUCUUAUAGAAACUCUGAUAAACUCGGUUCAAGAAGCCUCCCUUUCUUUACAUUUUGACCUCUCUCUCCCUCUCUCAACAGUCGCAAAAUAGUUAUGGUUGUUCAUUGUUUUAAAUUGUGGAAGUUCUCUUCAAGGAUAUAAAAUUAUUAAGGGCUAAGAUGCAUUCUAAUUGACUGAUCAGACCCAAGAAGAGCAAAGCCAGGAUCCUCACAAGAUGGUUCUUGGUCUAAGAUCAAAGAACCGAAAAGGCACUUCAGUGCUGGUUGAUUACCUCAUUUACAUACAAGAAAUUAAGCCUUGGCCUUCAUUUCAGUCCCUGAAAUCUGUAGAAUCUGUAUUGCUUCAUUGGGAUAAUGGUGAUCAGUGUUCUGGUUCUUUCACUUCCAAUAUUGGAGAUGGGAAAGUUGAAUUUAGUGAGACUUUCAGACUUUCAGUCACAUUAUUCAGGGAAACAUCCAGAAAAGGCACUGCUCGUGACAGUUUCCAGAAGAACUACUUAGAGUUGAGCUUGUAUGAAGUUAGAAAAGACAGGGCAAUGAAAGGUCAACUAUUGGGAUCAGCAGUCAUAAACCUUGCAGAUUAUGGAAUCAUCAAAGAUACCAUAACCAUAAGCACUCCUGUCAACUUCAAGAAGAGUUCUAGGAGUACAGCGCAGCCAGUUCUUUAUGUUAGUAUCCAACCAUUUGAUAGAGAUAAUUCUAUCUUGUCUAAAGAAGUGUCACUUGACAAGGAUGGAAGUGAAUCUGUUUCAGAGGUGACAAAUGAAGGGAAUGAUGAGGAAAGUGAAUUUGCCUCAUUCACCGAUGAUGAUGUUGAUGAUAAUGUUUCCUCACAUUCAUCAAGGACUAUUUCAUCUUUUGCUUUUGAGUCUAAUAAGGGUUCACCAGCUCAGGAUGAAAAGAAUUUGACAGGAUCAGCAACCAAUGACAGUAGGAGGGUUAAUGGGGAGGCUAAUUUUCCUUCCGGAGUUGCACAUUCAAACUCAGAGUUGAAUACCAUAGGCGAAGCAUCCAAACAUUUGAAUGGAGCUUCAUCCACUUCAUCAUCAACGGGCUUAUCAUCUAAUAUGCAGAAUUACAUAAAUGAUCUUGGGCCCAAAACUGUGUUGUCUGACAAUUAUAUUCAGGCGGGUAAGAACUCAGUCCAUGUAGACCUUCAAGUGUCUCAAACCAAUCAAGAGGCUGAUGGAAAAGCUUGGAAUGGUGAACAAAUUGGACAAGUGAUUGCUAAAACUAGUAAUUUACAAGUUGGUCUUAUGGAAGAUAAACUGAAAAAGGAGGUGGAAGAUAAUGGGCAGGAAGAGGAGUUGAUGUUGUUGAAGAAUCAUAGUUUAGAGGAGGAAAAAUUUGCGGGCAAGUUGCCUCAAGAACCUAUGAAGAGACAAGUCAAUUUAAGGAGUAGUACCCUUGCAUCCAACAGGAUGUCAAAUGCAGUGCAGGGCAAUACACGCAAAGAUAAAUUAAAGCAUCUAAAGUCUGUUCAACUACAGUUUAAUGUAGCUGAAAGUGAUGAAUCCUUCCACAAUUUAGAGUUUGUGGAGAAAGCAAACAAAAUUGAUGUUCCUGAAAUUUUUCACAAAAGUGGUUUAUAUCACAUGUCAAGUGAAAAACAGAAGCAAACGAACCUCCACUCUGACUACAAAACCCAAUUGAAAUCUGAAGUUCAAAUACUUGAGAAAGAGUUAAAUGGAACUGCUGCUGAAGAGGUUGGCCUUUACCCAGCUGCUGUCAGGCAUGGAAACUCUACAAACAAGGUUCAGCUCAUUGAAAGGCCAAAGGAAAUUGAUGCCUCGGGGGACAUUCACGAAGUUGAUGAGAAUUUUCCACCAAGUGAAAAAGAACAAGUAGAAAACAGCUUUUCCGGAUACAAAGUUGAAAUGGAAUCCAAAGUUGAAAUGCUCAAGGAAGAGCUGAUGGAAGCUGCAGUUCUUGAGGUUGGUCUUUAUUCAGUUGUUGCUGAGCAUGGCAGUUCUGCAAACAAAGUUCAUGCUCCAGCCAGGCGUCUUUCAAGGUUCUAUCUUCAUGCUUGCAAGGCAAGUUCACAGGCUAAGAGGGCGAGUGCAGCUAGAGCUAUCAUCUCAGGUUUAGUUUUGGCUUCCAAAGCUUGUGGAAAUGAUGUUCCAAGGUUAACUUUCUGGUUGUCAAAUUCAAUUGUGCUGAGAGCAAUAGUAAGUCAGGUUGUUGAGAAAUUGCAACUUGCAUCAGCACCGUCUAUUAUUCCAAAUGUUGGUCAAAAGGGUAGGCUUGAGGCCUCUCCUUGUGAAGAUGAGAAAAAUGAUAAAUCAAAAGGUUCUGAUGAGUGGGAAGAACCUCACACAUUUAUAGUAGCACUGGAAAAAGUUGAAGCUUGGAUCUUCUCACGAAUUGUUGAGUCAGUUUGGUGGCAGACUCUGACUCCUCACAUGCAGCCCACAGCAGUGAAGGGCUCAAAUUCAAAGAAGACCCAUGCCAGAAGGUAUGGACUGGGUGAUCAAGAACAGGGGAAUUUUGCUAUUGAUUUAUGGAAGAAGGCCUUUAAGGAUGCAUGUGAAAGGCUGUGCCCAAUUCGAUCUGGGGGACAUGAAUGUGGUUGCUUGCCUGUGCUUGCUAGAUUGAUAAUGGAGCAGCUGGUACAAAGACUAGAUGUAGCCAUGUUCAAUGCCAUACUUCGUGAAUCAGCAGAUGAGAUGCCAACAGAUCCUGUUUCUGACCCCAUUAGUGAUCCAAAGGUCCUCCCAAUUCCAGCUGGAAAAUCAAGCUUUGGAGCUGGUGCACAACUGAAAAAUGCUGUAGGAAACUGGUCCAGAUGGCUCACAGAUAUAUUUGGAAUUGAUGAUAAUGACUCUCUGGAGAAUGUGAAUGAACUUGACAGCAACAAGACAGAAUGUGAGACUUCAUUCAAGGCUUUCCAACUCCUCAAUGCAUUGAGUGAUCUCAUGAUGCUUCCAUUUGAAAUGCUUGCAGAUGGAUCAACUCGAAAAGAAGUAUGUCCUACAUUUGGUGCGGGGAUCAUUGAGAGAGUGCUUAACAAUUUUGUCCCCGAUGAAUUCAACCCGGACCCUAUCCCCGAGGCUAUUUUCGAGUCCCUGGAUUCUGAGGACCUUGCUGAGAAUGAGAAUGAAUACAUCACAAGCUUUCCAUGCAUGGCUACUCCUACAAUCUAUUCGCCACCUCCUGCGGCUUCACUAACAAACAUUAUAGGAGAGGUGGAAAAUCAAACGCUGCAGAGGAGUGGAUCAGCUGUGCUCAGAAAAGCUUACACUAGUGAUGAUGAACUUGAUGAGUUGGAUUCACCUAUGACUUCAAUCAUUAUUGACAAUCCCAGGAGUUCUGUUCCGACAGCAUCAAAUUGGAUGCCGAAAAGCAAUGGAGGCCGGAAAGUUGUCAGGUAUCAACUCCUCCGGCAAGUAUGGAAGGAUGGUGAAUAGCUUUGUUCAUUAGCUUCACCUUCCUCCUCUCCAUGCUCCUCUUUCUCCAUCUUUUUGUAAUAUAUGUAUAUAGAAACGUGUACUUUUUGUAGGCUGGUUGAUUUAUAAUCUCUUGAGCUGUAAAUUUUUUUUCAUUAGAACAGAAAUGGAAUACUUAUUGAGUUUUAUGCGACAUAGAUUUUCAUGCU